ACUCCCAGCGUGAGUUUGCACCACGGCCAGGCUCAGCAUACGUUACAGAUGAGAUCUGGAGAAAAGCUGAAGAGGCAGUGAACGAAGUAAAGCGUCAGGCCAUGGAUGAAGUUCAGAAAGCUGUGGCGGAGGCUGAGCAGAAAGCCUUCGAGAUGAUUGCAGCCGAGCGGGCAAAGAUGGAGAAGACUCUGGCCGAGGCGAAGCGGAAGGCUCAAGAAGAUGCCAUCAUGGUCAUCAACGAACAAGAGGAUUCUAGUGAG